AUGCCGGUCACCAAGGAAAACAUGAACUACACCGUUUUGAUGAUGGGAGCCGUGCUGCUCUUCUCGCUCGUCUGGUACGCCCUGGACGCCAGAAGAUGGUACAAGGGACCGGUCGCCAACGUCGACGAGGAGUACGAGGGCAUUCUGGAGACCGUGGGCGACAACGGGACCAGCGAGGAGUUCAUCCAGGACAGCGAGCCGAAAGAUAAACAGGAGACUUCCUAG